UUCUAUUCACACGCCCUCUGACGCGAUGAUGUCAUCAACGGACGCUCCAGGAUUUAAAAAGUAGCAGCUAGCACUGUAAGGCUACCAGGAUGAACUGGGAUAAUCAGUUGAGUCACAUUAUCUCAGCAGCCGAUGGCAGUGUUGCAAAAAUACGUGAACGCCUUGCUAUGCCCGGAAGGCUUUCCAGAGAAAGAGAAGAUGUGUAUCCAGUGAGGGAUCUGAGUCAUGCUUCGGCUUUGGAGCUUCCUGUACAUCUUAGUGGUGCUGUUCAAUGGAAUGACCUGGCAGCUGUACAGGCACAGCUUCAUAACCAGCGCCAGACAAUUGAGUCCUUAACUCAGAACCUGAGGUCGGUGGAGAGAGAGAGAGACGCUCAACAAAGACAAAUACAGACAUUGCAAGAGGAGGUGAGGAGGCUCCGGGAAAGACUGGAGGACCGGGAGAAGGAAAGAGAAAGGAAGCAGGAUAUCGAGGAAGACAAGCUCCCUUCAGUAGCGAUAAAGCUGGAGCAGUGGAAAAGGGAAGUGGGACGCGAGUUGAGCACCCUGAGAGGCCACAUCGACAGGGUCACGUCUCUUGGCAACCGGGAGGAAAGUUUCAGCUCUAAACUGUGCAGGGAGGAAGUGGAACAGCUCAGGAGAGAGGUGGACCUGCUGAAAAGCAAGCUGAUGAGGCACGAGGAGGACAUGUACCAGCAGCAGUCUGAAGCAAGAGAAACGAUGAGGCAGUGCGAGCGCAGCUGCAAGACAUUGGAAACCGUCUCCGAUGCUUACCACACAAAUGGCUUUGAGCUUUCCAGAAUCAUCUCACAGUACCAGCACACGCAGCAAGAUGUGAGAGAUCUCAGAUUUUUAGUAUCUGGAUUGAAGGAUGAAGUGAGAAGCCUAAUUCUGAGAGACAGAUUCGACACACCUGCAGAAAUGCCGCGGAAAUCAAAUGCUUUGGAGGCAGCGGUUGCUGUGGAGAUGAGUCCUCGGAGACAGCUGCUGUCAGACUCCGAUGAUGAAUUGAGUCCCACCCCCAGUCUCGGAGAUGUAAGCUCAGAUGACCUGGAUGCAUCCUGGCUCGGGGAAUCAGCUCCAAAACUAAGAAGUCAAGCACGCAUGGCACACUCAAGCCUGUCAGGAAGUGAUCUCAGCAACACCGUGAGUGGACUUGGAAGGAACAAUGGUGAGAGAGAUGGCAAAGUGCGAGGAGAUUCAGACAGUUCUCCAGACCUUAGUCUCUGUGACCUUUGACAUUAGAAACUGAAAGUAAACAAUGAUAGCUGGCGUGAUUCUGACUUGCCAUGUGGUCAGGGGAAACAUUUGACACGUGAAAUAACACUAACCCUGAAACAUUGACUCAACCUUUUUCACUAAAAUACCUUGUUCUGAAGAAACGCACAGAUUCACAGUUGUAUUUUGCUCGAACGUGUAGCUCUGUGAUGAAAGCCAACAAUCACUUUUUCUUGUAUAAGUGGAAAUGGUGCCAGUUCUAGAGGUCUUGUUUAGAUAUGGCUGUGUAGAGUUUCUUGAUUAUAUUAGCAGUAAACUUGGAUGUGUUUCGAGAGGGGACUGAAUGGUGAAACAUCACUUUGUCGUGACUCACCACUACAAGACAACAGAGGUGUGUUUUACUCCAGUGUUCAUGCUGUACAUUGUUGUUUUACAGAGUUCAUCAGUAACAAAUCUGAGAACUUAACUAGUAUUUUUUAGCAGACCCAAUACCAUUUUAACCAGUACAAAGAGUUUUAAAAAAAACCUCAUGUAAAAUCGAACACUGGUAAUUCUUUCCAUUUUGAGAGUUCUGUGUUAAUCAUGCUGAAGCAAUUUACAUGCGUUUUACUUCAAUACUAGACUGUUUGUCAUUCCAUGCGUUAUUUUAUCAGCUUUGUUCAUGUGAAUCUAUUUUAAACCGUUUCUCAGACUGAAACACUGUUUCACGUGAGGUUAGACGACGUGCACAAUGCCAGCUGCCAUGUGAGCAACCCACAUAUAAUUUCGGUUAUUUUCUUCCAUCGGUUUUGUGUCCAUUACUUUUCUCUUUUUCAGCCUCUAAACUACAGCAGGGAGACAGAGAAAGGUUUUUGGAAAUGUAAAAAAAAAAGCCCUAAUAGCCCCUUUUUAACCACUUA